AUGUUUUGCUUUUGCACCACUGUGCAUAAGAUCACGACGCACUUAACAACUGAUCCUCAACUUGAGAUGCUCUGGCCUGUUGUCUAUAACUCGAGAAAAGAAGCGCAGCCAUGCUUCACCAUUCAGUUUUCUUUCACUUUGUUCAUCGACUUGUUGAUACCUGUACAUAAAUUUUUCGGCCAUCAUCUCUUGGACAUAAAUUGUUCGGCCACGUAUACGUUAGUUAGUACGCGCGGAGUCACUUACCGUACUCAAGAAGAAAGCUGUUGUGGCUGCUCCUUGAAAUACUUUGUAUACCAUAGACUCAGGCAUGAUGAAUCUUAUUUUGGAUAUCGGAUUAGGCUUAGAUUUGUCCUGGCUCAGGUGGAUUGUCAUAACGUAUAACCGCACGACUGUGCAUACAUAUAGCGAACAGACUUUCAAAAAAUUAUAUCGGACCACAAAAAAAUAAAGGAAGCCUCACAGAAUAGGGAGGAGGUGCAGAAAUUGUGAGCACGACUUGAUUGGUGAUUUUGCUCAACGAGUGUAUGUAAAGCAGAUCACUUCACGCACACAAGACAAACUUCACUUCACAAGUGUGCGUAAAGCUAAAAGAACUAGAAGGUGCGUUUUCAUAUUUUCUAUUUUGCUCGAAGAAGACCAGGAUUAGGGGAUAGAGUGGAGCAAGCAAUGACGAGCACACUUGUGCCAACUAGUUGUAUCAAUUGCUUUUGAAAAUGAAAACACAGGAAACUCGCUCCCGCGUAAAGAUGAUCCGCAUUUAUGGAAACCAAACUCAGGGGGGUCGACGUGUGGUGAAAAUUUUGCUAGUGGAACUUGAAGGACAGAAGCUCACAGAAAGAAGUGCGGCAUGGUCCAAGCUUUCCCUGAAGAGACGACGUUAUUUUUCCGAAUUAUUUCGCGAUGUCGAUCAUGUGCAUUAGCGAAAGGAAGAAAAAAGCAACGAUAUACGACUAUAAUAAAAAAGCAACGAUAUACGACUAUAAUGGAGCUGCAAGCUUCAGCCUUUUCAUACAGUGUAUGAAAAUAAAACUCAUUUCUUUGACGAACUGCUAUCGCUUGAGAAUGAGAAAACAAAAAGACCGAAAGCACUUGAAGAAAAUAAAACUGAACUAUGGGGCAAGCGUUGAUCAAAUCGUUAGUUGCUGUUUAACAAAAGUUCCGCCCUUUUCUUGGUGAAGAAGGUGGACAGAUGGAAUGCGAGAUAACAAAGAAAUGAAUCCUCAAGCCGUUUGCUACUUUGCUUAGCCCCC